AUGAACAAAGUGAAACGGAACAGCAAGAAAAGAAGUCGAACGGAUCAUCAAACAGAUAAAGCAGACAUAAAUCAGAUAAGCGAUGAGGAAAGGGCAGAGGGAGUACGUAAGCAUCAACAAGCAGGAAACACAGAAGUUUCGCAUGUGGAAGAAGACACCAGUUUUAUUGAAGAUACGUAUUCAUACAUGCCAGAUUCUGUAAGUAGCUCAGAUGGGGAGGGUCUUCUUAUCAAUAGAGGAAAUAUUACCGAGCAGGAGCUGAUAUCGCAGAAUGCUGAAGAUGUGAACCAUAUUUUGGAGGCGUAUAAAGGAGAAUCUCUAAUUGCUGAUGAUGAUAAAGUAAACGACAAGCACAGAUUGUCGUUGGAGAUUAAGGAAAUGAAUAAAAGCGGCGUGUCUGCGGAAGACAGUAUUGUGAUUGCUGAAAAUUCAAGUGAAAUGGGAGACGAUGAGAGGGAUGAUGAAGAUGAUGAGGAUGAACGGCAGGAAGAGGGAGUUAAAGAAGUGGAAGGUACAAAUAUAGAGAAUGAGAAUGAAAAUGCAAGUAGAGAAAACCCAAAGAGCAUAUAUGCUGGACGGAUUGCAAAUUUGGAGGCUCCAAGUGGAAGUCUGAGUAAGGAGAAGAAAAAUGGAGGAAGCAAAAGUGGAGAGAAGAGAAGUGAGAAGAAAAGAGAAGAAAAGGAAAAAGAAGAAAGUGUUUCCAGGAGUCAGGAAAGUGAAAUCAUAUUAGUAAGCGAUGAUGAAGAUGAUAAUGUGCAAGUGACACAGAGCAGAAAUGAGCAAACAAGUUCACCAAAUAGCACUGUGGACGAAGUUGUGAUAAUUAGUGAAAAUCCGGCUACCGAUGAAAGCAACAGUGAAAAGUCAGCCACUUAUGAAAACUACAAAGAAAGUUCAGCCGCUGAUGAAAACAACAGUGUAAAUUUGUCUGCAUCUGCCAGUAAUAGGCAUGAUGGUGGCAAGAAUGUGGUGACAAGUGGAGGAUCAUCCUUGGAUGACUCAGAGAAUAGUAAUGAAGAGUUUUUGGAUGCAACUGAGGGUGAAACAGAGCCGAUUACAAACAGUAAAAACCCAAAUACUGCAAACAAUCAGGCCUUAGUGUUGGUAGAGCAACACGAUAAAGACGAACAAUUGCAAGUGACAGAUGAUAGUGACGAAAGCACUUCAGAUGUUGAUGUUGAACUAGACGAUAUCGAUCCGAAUCGAUCUGUGGGUUACGAUAACGAAAACUGUCUUCCCGAUUACAUACUGAAAUUCACGCAGCCCAGGCCGAUAGACGCGUCGAUACUCGAGAAAGCCAGUCAGGCUAGGCGGAAGACACAACAAGAGACACAACAGAAGCCUUUGCAGAUUGAGGAUAACAGAAAGAUGAAGAAGAGGAAGGGCUCCACGAGGUCUUUAUACUUUUAUGUUAAUCCAAAUUCUUUACCUGAUUACAUCAAGCAGUUUACAAAGCCAACUUACGAGGGGAAAGAUUGA